UCCGACUCCUGACGCGGCCUCAACAAGAAGACCAGAAGCUUCCUCCAACUCCGGCCGCCACCGACCCCCCUCGACACCCGACUCCCUCCAUAAAUUUCCCCCCCUCCCGCGGCCGCCGGGAGAUCAUCGCCGACGACAACCAGAGCAGAGGAGAGGGGAGGGGAACCCAAGCAAGCAAUCAGCGUGGAAUCGGAUCGGGUACGAGGAGGAGGAGGAGGAGGGGGAUGGAUUUCGAGCUGCGCAAGGCGCGGGAGAAGCUGGAGCGGGAGCAGCGGGAGCGCGUGCAGCGCGCCAAGGACAAGGCCGACCGCGAGCGCCGCGCCAAGGCCGAGGCCGCGCGCCGCCGCGACGCGCUCGAGGCGUCCCACCGCGAGCGCCGCCUCGACGCCGCCCGCGCGCAGGAAGAGGCUCAGCAGAAGAUGGAAGAGGUGAUGCAACUUGGAAAGGGGAUUUCUUUCUUGCACAUGUUUGAAGCUCUUCGAUAUGAUGGUCCUGGGGAUAAGAUCAAGUUGCCACCAUCGUCUUUUAAGGAAUUGUCUGAUGAAGGAGCACUGGACAAAGGUCCCAUGUACUUCAGGUUGUCAAAGGUUAGAGACAGUGUUCCGGGUGCCCCUCAGGAUAAUGAUGCCGAUGAGGCAACAUGUUGUGGUGUUCUUGAGUUCACUGCAAGGGAAGGCUCCGCAGAACUCACUCCACAUGUGUGGAACAAUCUGUUCCGGGGUGAUAGCCCAGAUGUUCCUCUGAUUGAGGUUAGGUAUGUCAGUUUACCCAAAGGGACAUAUGCGAAGCUGAAGCCAGAAGGAGUGGGGUUCUCAGACCUUCCUAACCAUAGGGCUGUCCUUGAAACGGCACUCCGCAAUCAUGCAACACUAUCUGAAAAUGAUUUUGUUGUGGUGAAUUAUGGGCAGCUGCAAUACAAGUUGAAGGUUCUUGAAUUAAAACCUGCAUCAAGUGUUUCUGUCCUGGAGACAGAUGUGGAAGUUGACAUUGAAGGACCAGAUUCAGUUUUGGACAACGUAGAGAAUCAACAUGUGCUUGUGCCACUUGAGACUGGAAAGGUUGAAUCUGGAGUUGUGGAAGAAGGAAAGUUUAGGUACUACAAAUUUCUUGUUGAUGAAGGUAUGGGUGAGAAAGUAGCUUCUAGGCAUGCAAAUAUUGAGGUUAAGAUAGAGACAUAUACAAGUGGUGGUGACACUGAUAUUUAUGUAUCAAGGCAUCCUUUAGUUUUCCCAACUCAGCACCGUCACGAAUGGUCUUCUCAUGAAAUGGGAUCUAAGGUCCUCAUACUGAAACCAAGGGAUGCCAGUCUCUCCAGUGGUACCUACAGUAUUGGAGUUUAUGGUUUCAAGGGAACCACUAAAUACCAACUUUCUGUAGCUAUUAAAGAUGUUCUUAAUGGCCAAAGGAUUGGUGAGCAGGCUAGUGCCUCAUCUAGUGUUGAUGUUGAUUCAGUGGUGUGCAAGAACUGCAAACGCUAUAUAUCCAACCGAACUUCACUACUUCAUGAAGCAUACUGUGUGAGACACAAUGUUGUUUGCAUGCAUGAUGGGUGUGGUGUUGUUCUUCGAAAGGAGGAAGCAACAGAUCACGUGCAUUGCAACAAGUGUGGGCAAGCUUUCCAGCAGAGAGAAAUGGAGAAGCACAUGAAAGUUUUCCAUGAGCCACUACAAUGCCCUUGUGGGGUGGUCCUUGAAAAGGAAGAUAUGGUUCAACACCAAUCCUCAACCUGCCCUUUGCGCUUGAUUGUGUGCCGAUUUUGUGGUGACACUGUUCAAGCUGGUGGAGAACCACUUGAUGCUCGGGAUCGGCUUCGCAACAUGUGUGAGCACGAGAGUAUCUGUGGAUCCAGGACUGCACCAUGUGAUUCUUGUGGACGGUCAGUCAUGCUGAAGGACAUGGACAUUCAUGUGAUUGCUGUGCAUCAGAAGAGCUAACUAUUGUAAAGCAUUGGCUCUGAGAAAGAUGGCCUGUCCUUUAUCCUGCUGGGCUUUAACCACCAAGGCCAUGAAGUUUCAGCACUGCUGGACCAAAUGUUAUUUCCUUUUGUGUUACAUAUAUCUUGUGUCAUUGGUUAAAUUGUAACACUGCGUAUGGGAGCAUGGAACACUGGGGCGGUGUAUGGGAGUAUGGAACACAGUGGCGGUGUCUCCUUAUGUAUACACAAACCAUCUAUAAUAUUUGAUUUGAGCUUUCUCAUAUUCAGGAGCUUUAUUAGAAACUUUCA